GGGCUGGGGGAUUCUCGGGUUCUGCGGAGUUGCUCAGGAGCAGAUGAAAGCCCCCCCGCCCCACCCUGCGGUCACCUGGUCAGCAGGAUCAUUUUCUCCCUGCAGCUGCUGUUGCUACCUGUGUGCAUUAACUGAAACAAAGCCCCUGUAGUAUCUUAAUGGCUUUGUAACAGGCCUCAGUUCAAACACCACCUCCUUCACCAAGUCCUUCCAACAGGGAGGCAGCGAGCAUGUCCGAUAGAACCUGGCUCAGAUCUCCCUGUCACCUACCACUCGGUGACCUUGGGCCAGUUACUUAAUCUCACUUGUAAAAUGGCAGUAGUAAUGCCUACUUUGUCGGUUGUUUAAUUAAACUUUGAAUAAGAUAAUGUAUGGAAAGCAAGUGGUCUCAGCCAGCCAGUCUCCUUCCGGCCCUCUGACUGCCCCCUGCGGGGUUUAUCCGUGUCUCCUGAGUGACACACUACCUGCAGCUUUUUCUGAAGCCUCAGUUGGACAGGCAUUUUUGCACGUAGGUCCCAGGCACUGCGCAGGCUCUGGGGAUCUGGCGGGUCCAGCCCUGCCUGCAGACGCUCGCAGCCCAGCAGAGUGGGCAGUGAUCUGUGGUGUGCACACAUACGUGCCAUGUGCAUUCUUAUCUUCUUUCCCCCGGAGACUAUUUGCUCCUUAAAGGUAGGUCAGAUACUUUUUCAGCUAGGGUGACCACAUUGCCUGAACUAAAAUUAAGGACAGGUGGGUUGACACAUAUGAAUGUUCUUACAGAGACAGUGAAACAAAAUAUUUGAAGUCUGUGCUGACUCGGAAAAUUCAAGAGUAAGUUUGCUAUUCCCAUAGCGUAUAGCAAAAUCCUGGAUACAAUGGUUAGAGAAACAUUUAUUGUUUGACUACAUUAAUAAAUGAAUGCAUAAGCAGCUGUGAUUUCAGUGACCUCCAAAGGCUCCCAAAUUCCCUAAGAUCAGAGCGUCUGAAAUUCCUCACAUUAAAGUGACUGACAGGGUUAAGACAGCAUAAUGGCCCAGGUUAAAAAUAAAUGCAUGUUGCCUAGGAGGAGACCCACAUUUGCCCUUUUGAGCAGGUUGAAAAGAUCAGCAAGUGUCACCUUACAAAAGAGAGGGCGCCCCCAGGGACAGGUGUCUCCAGGGACUGAGAGAGGUUGGGGAGGGCUGGACUUGCUGGAAUGGGGUGACAUGAGGAAGCCUCGGGCAGCCUGGGGAAAGGAAAAGUGUGUGUUGGGGAACUGGGGGAUCCCCAAGGGAGAUGUGAGGCUUGGAGAAGGGCCUCUUGCACAAGACUGGCCUCUGCCCAGUUUGCUCUCACUCUUCUGGGACAGCCACGGGCUGGGAGAUUCAGGAACCCUUUGAAAUUAGAUUCAGUCUUCUUUUUUCAUCCCUCUAAAAGUGCUGAAUAGGUUAACUGACUUGCCCAAGGACACACAGCUGUUUGGUGGCUGGGCUGGGUCUCAGAGCCAAGUGUCUGUGCCCCUGUGAAUGGCAAGCCUCCAGCCUCAGUCUAGAACGCCAGCCACAAAACAGGCGUGUUGGGGCCAGGCUGGGACUGGGAGUGGAGGCAUCUUGCCUGCCAGUGUCCUCACAGUGUUCCAGAUGGUGAAGGGUGAUGUCUUAACGCACCCCUCACCCCCCCUGCCCCCGGCCCUGCCUCCUCCCCACGUCUGUCAGCAGUGCUGGCUCUGUAAUGAUGCUGUCUCAGGACAGGCAGCCGGGAGGGCUGCCCACAAAGGAGGGACUCCAAGCAAGGACUAAUCCUGUCAACUUCCUCCAGCGAUUAACCCAGAGCGCCAGGAGGCAUGAAGGGCUUGGGGAGACUUCACACCCCAGGAGCCAAAGUCUGGAGAGGAGGAGAAGGGCAAGACGGGGGUGCCGGCAGUGCUGGCUGCCUGGGGCUGCGUUGGAGCAUGACCGCAGAGACCGCUGCUCGGCCUACCCGAGGGACAAACCCCACUCUAAAGCGACUGGAGCCAGUCACUCUCCUUCAAUAGAUCCCAGAGAGCCUCAUGGGUCACUGCUCUUCCACCGCUUGCCCUCGGCUGGGGCCUCCAGGUGGUCACUGCUCCUGUGUAACACGCACACGAGGUUGCCGUGGGAACUCCUCCCUGACGUGACGUUGGCUUUGGAAGCAGCUGAAUUCAGGGGCUCACUGCUUUUGCUGUAUCUUUCGAGUAGGACUGUGCCCUUGGAGGAGGGGGGCUUUCUAAGAACGCUGGGAGGACCCUUUGGACUACAUCAAUGGAAAUCAUCCAGCAUCUGCCAGCCUCAACUGCCCAUUCUGGAGACAGCAAAAAGGGACAUUAAGAAGGGGGCAGACGUCCGGAUGUGUGCAGGCAGGGGCUGGGGACGCCUGGGCCCAUUCAUGCUUCGGGCUUUCCUGAGUGUUUGGGGUAGGGGACGUGGCUUUGGACAAAUGCUUUCCUUCCGUUCUUCCCCACCCAUCUCACUUCACACCCCUACCCGUUCUUCCCCACCCAUCUCACUUCACACCCCUACCCGCGUCUCAUGGGUGGCCACACAGGGCCUCCUACGGCCACCUGUCAGCUUAACAGGGAGGAGCCUGCCCCCUCAGGGCGCUCAGAUGAGCCCAUUCCAUCUGCAAUCCGGGCCCAGAACUUUCAUGAGAGGCCAGCCAGAGGCCCCAGGCACGGGUCCCUCCUGGUCCCUUUCAGAGUGGGGUUCCUUUCCAGCUAGCACAGCCUGCUUCCAGGCAAGCGGGAAAGGGGCUCUGAGGCUGCAGGCAAGGCACAGUUCUGUCGCCAAGCACACAGCCUGGGGACUCCUCAGCCCUCUGCUCCUCUGGACGUGAGGUGGGAUGGCGCUUCCUGCCACCGCAGCUAAAGCCACACACGUCGUGCGUCACCACACGAGCAGCACAGGCUCCUCCGUGUCCACACAGACACACGCACACGCCCUCGUGUGAGCAAUCACCCCCUGCAAGGUCACCACCCAGCUGCCCAUACAGACCCCCGCUGACGGAGACAAGCCCCCCACAUAUACACAGAGCAAUAUGCACAGCAGAGUGGCCUCUGGCCCAGGAAGGGCCUGGACGGCACUCACCGGGAGGAGGUGAAGAGGGACCCAUUGACUCCUCCAAAUGUGGACAGGGCGACGGAAAUGGGCAUGAUCCAGGCCAUGACCCCUAGGAGCUUCUCUCCAAAAGUCUGGGAGAGAAAACAAGGAGUGAGCAUAAAAGGAGAGGUCACAGCCUCCCACCUGUGUGUCACUGCUGGGAAUGUUCCCUCCCACACCCACCCCUGCUGAGUCUCUCUGGCUAAAGUCCUUGAGAGGAGGGACCACAGCUUCCCUGCCCCAGCCCCUCCUGCACCCCUACUUCCCUUGGUGAUGACUACACACUGGGGAUUCAGUAAUGUUUGGGACUGAUUAACUAAUGAAUGAGACUGUGUAUGGUGGUGAUAAUAACAAUAAACAACUAACAUUUGC